ACUUCCAUCAAUCAUCAAAUUUACCGGAACCACAACCACCGGAACCGGACCGGGAUAGAAUAUUUUGUGGUUAUGUUGCUCCGCUAAAAGUAUACGUGUAAUCUGCAGUAUUUUUAUUAAUCUCUGGGUCACCUGAAGUUUGAAAAAAAUCAGUCACAAUGGUGCGGAUGAGUGUGCUGGCUGAUGCCUUAAAAUGUAUUAACAACGCAGAAAAGAGAGGCAAACGUCAGGUGUUGAUCCGACCCUGCUCGAAAGUCAUCAUCAAAUUUUUAACAGUCAUGAUGAGGCACGGAUAUAUCGGAGAAUUCGAGAUUGUAGAUGACCACCGAGCUGGCAAAGUAGUUGUAAAUUUAACUGGCAGAAUUAACAAAUGCGGAGUAAUAUCACCUAGGUUCGAUAUGCCAGUGAACAAAUUUGAAAAUUGGACAAACUCUCUGCUACCAUCAAGACAGUUUGGAUACUUAGUGCUAACUACCAGUGGAGGAAUUAUGGAUCACGAAGAAGCGAGGCGGAAACAUCUGGGAGGCAAAAUCCUAGGAUUCUUCUUCUAACCUAAUUUUAAGACCAAUGACUUCUCAAUAGCCUUUUUUAAUAAACUCCUUGUUUCCAA